CAAAGAGUGACAGCCUUGUCGUCUUCAUACUGAAGCUUCCUAGUUGCUCCCAUAAUAUUCUACUAGUAAAACUGUCAAAACUAUCCAUAUAUAUGCAGCGCACAUUAUCUAGAUAUAAACUCUAUUUUCAUGCCUUUCUCAAGAAGUUCCUUAGCGCAUUGGCAAGGCUAAAUCCGUCCCUUGUCUCUCCACUCUCACCACGAUCGAUCAGUAAGAACGAACCACCACCACCAUCAUUGAUAUCUAUCAAUACUGUACAAUAGCAUACAGUAUGAGGAGAAGCAUACCAUCAUAUUCCCUUGAAGAAUGAAAAUUUCUGAAAAAUCUAAUACCUUUUUAUAGGAUCUUAUUUUCGUCGAGAAUCCCCACUCUGACAGUUCUCCGGCCCUAGGACUUUGUUUCCCCUCACCUCCAAGAUAAGUGGUCUACUCUUGGUUUAAUAUAUACAGCAAAUGGUGUCCCAAUUACGGCGAAAUAUUUGCCCGCCACCCAUGCUUUCAUCCUAUUAACCCUCUUGAUCCCCUCAAUUCCACUUCUUCUCCUCAUUCGCGAAGGUGUGGACCUCCCUCCACUGUCGAAAUAGACUCCGGGGACCCCAGAAAGCCCCCCAUCUACAAAUAACCACUUUCGGCAUCUCGGAGCUUGUCUUCCGUUGUUAAGCCGCCUUCCAUCAUAACGGCUCCAUCGGAUCGUCGUGGAACUCUCUAUAUUCCUGGACAUCAUAAUAUACUCAGGAUCUACCAUUGGCUUGCCCCUCCGGACUAGACUAUGGCCUUUCCACAUGGCUCACGCCAAGGUCAUUAUAGUAUGCAGGCACCGCCGGUUCCCACGAACCGCAACCCGGAAAGCUCAGUCUGUUUACAGAACCCGGAAGUAAGAUUCUUAUAAGAAUCAUGGGGUGCCCAAGGUGGGGAAAUUUUCCUUGUCUCGCUCAGCUGUCAGGUCAAAGAAGUCUCGACCAAGAUGAAGUUCCAAUCCACAAUCUCUCUCCUGUCGCUGGCGCUUUCGAGUGUCGUGAUAGCGGCCCCAGGUUCCAACGUUGAAUCGGACUGUGCGUUCCCAAUUGGCUUCAGUAAGCACAAGAAUGCAAAGACAGUUGGCCGACUCUUUGAGAUCGACGGAAAAGUUCAAUACUUUGCUGGAACCAAUGCAUGGUGGCUUGCUCACCUGAGCUCCAACAAAGAUGUGGACAUCUCAGUUACUGAGAUGGUCGCCACUGGUUACAAGGUCGCUCGUGUCUGGGGUUUCGGAGAUGUAACUGAGCUCCCUCCCACCACUAAUACAGACCCCAACAAGGUCUACUUCCAGCUUCUGGCCAAUGGAAAAGGCACAAUCAACUACGGCAAGGAUGGUAUCCAGCGCCUCGACUACGUCGUCCACUCAGCCGAAAAGCACGGGCUAAAGCUCGUCCUCCCCUUCUUCAACAACUGGGGCGAUUACGGUGGUGUUGCCGCAUACAACAGAGCCUUCGGUGGCAAUGCCACGACCUGGUACACCGAUGCUGUGUCGCAAAAGGUGUAUCGCAACUACAUCAAGACCAUCGUCACCCGCUACAGGAAGAGCAACGCCAUCUUCGCCUGGGAGCUAGGAAAUGAGCCGAGAUGCAAGGAGUGCCCAGCAGGCACCAUCACCAAGUGGGCUUCUGAGGUCUCCGCUUACAUCAAGUCGCUUGAUAACUCGCACAUGGUGACUCUUGGUGACGAGGGCUGGCUCACCCCGAAUUCGGGCGUCGGCGAUGGAAGCUACGCUUACAGUGGCGUCGAAGGUGUGGACUGGGUCGCGAAUCUCAAGAUCAAGACCCUCGACUAUGCCACCUUCCAUCUCUACCCGGAGUCGUGGUCGUACGAGUACACAUGGGGCAACCAGUGGAUCGAGGAGCACGAUGCUCUUGCCAAGAAAUCGGGCAAGCCGGCCAUCCUUGAAGAGUACGGCACUCCGUUCCCAAGCAAUCAUACCGAGACGGAGCGUCCUUGGCAGGUUACUGUUGAGAAGUCGGGCAUUGCGGCGGAUCAGAUCUGGCAGUUUGGCAGCAACACGUUGUCUGUUCCGGGGCCGACUUUGGGUGACGUGAACACGAUUUACUAUGAUGAUGAGGAGUAUAAGUUGUUGGGGAAGCAACAUGCUAAGAUCAUGGCUUCAAAGAAGGUUCCAAAGCAUUAAACCAACUACAUUUGUAGUAAAGUUAAUACUUAGAGGAUAGCGAUUUAUAUAAGGU